AUGACACAUAAUAUUUGGAUUAAUACACCAUUUACAACUAAUGCUAGUAAAUCUGCACAUGCAACAAUUAAUAGAACUGGUCAUAAUCUUUUAUUAGUAGUUGCAAUUCAAAGAUCUGCAAAUUUUGAUUCUCAUCAAUAG